GGAGAGACUUGCAGGCUGAGAGGAGGGAGACUUGGGGACCAUGGAGACCCAGAAGGACAGCCCCUCCCUGGGGCGGUGGUCACUGUUGCUACUGCUGCUGGGCCUGGUGAUCACUCCGGCUGCCUCCCGGGCCCUUAGCUACAGGGAGGCUGUGCUCCGUGCUGUGAAUGGCUUCAACCAGCGGUCCUCGGAGGAGAAUCUCUACCGUCUCCUGCAGCUGAACUCACAGCCCAAGGGAGAUGAGGAUCCAAACAUCCCAAAGCCUGUGAGCUUCACAGUGAAGGAGACUGUGUGUCCCAAGACGACACAGCAGCCUCUGGAGCAGUGUGGUUUCAAGGACAAUGGGCUGGUGAAACAGUGUGAAGGGACAGUCAUCCUGGACGAGGACACGGGCUACUUUGACCUCAACUGUGAUUCAAUCCUGCAAGUCAAGAAAAUUGACCGGCUGAAAGAGCUCAUCACGACAGGGGGGCAGAAGAUUGGCGAAAAGAUUAGGAGAAUUGGCCAGAGAAUCAAGGAUUUUUUUAAGAAUCUUCAGCCCAGGGAGGAGAAGUCCUAAGGGCCUGCUUUGCCCUGGCUUAGGCUUCUGGACCCUGAAAAAUAAAUUUUUGUGAAAGCAA